CCACAGCCUGCAUCACACCUACGCCCGCCUACGCUGGGCGGACUCCGCUUGGACCAACCCCCACCAGCGCGUAUAUAAGCAUCAACCCUUCACUGCUGAGGCCACUCUAGUCGCACCUGCGCGUCACUCGCGCCGUGUCCAGACGCGCUUAGUGAUUACGACAAACUAAGACAACAUGAGCAUCCCUAUGCAACUCCUCCUGGUAGUCACCGCAUUCUGCGUCCUGUCCGACGGCGCGCCGGACGCACGCAUCGCACGCGCCAAGCAGCAACGCCCCACCAGGGGCUUCAAGAACCUCGAGAUGAUGACGGCGAGGGGCUUCGGGAAACGUGGGAGGGUUUCCACUAGGAGUGAACAGCCCAGGCGCUUUAACCCCAAGAACUUAAUGAUGGUGGCUCGGAGCUUCGGCAAACGGAGUGAUGAGACCGCUGAUGAAGUGUACGGUUUGGACAACUUCUGGGAGACACUGGCCGCGCCGGAGAGGGAAGGGCAGGAGAUGGAGGACGAAAGCAUUCCAUUGGACUGGUUUGUGAACGAGAUCGUGAACAACCCGGACUUUGCGCGAUCCGUAGUCCGCAAAUUCGUAGACAUCAACCAGGACGGCAUGCUAUCAUCGGACGAACUUCUCAGGAACGUGUAAACGACUUUUAAGUUAUUUGUUGUAGACUUUCGGAUUGUUUCCCGUUAUAUACAUUUGUACCAACACUAUCAAGUUGAUUUGAGAAAUACUAAUUUAUUAAAAUGUUACGAUAGGUACUGUGAUAUCAAAUAAAACUUAUUAAUUUAAAAAAAAGGCGGUAAUUAUGUUUUUGUACUCUGCUAUUGUAUAGUUUGUUUAAAAAAAAUUGAGUAAUAUAUCUACAAUGUUUUAUCAUUAUUGUAAAUAGUUUCUAAAAAUAAAUACGAUGUCAAUGGCAUAAGAAUUUGUCCAUAAAUUAAUUCCUUAUAUCUAUGUAGGAAAGUGUAGUACUAUAAUGAAUGUGUGUCUCCAAAUUUCAUCACAAAUCUAUACUGAAAAAAUAUAUAUUUAAUAUUUCGAGAUUUUCAAUGUGCGUCACCCUAGUGCGACCUCUGUACUUUUGAAGUUAUAUUUCCUUUUUAUGCACUUGUUUGUUAUGUAAGGUUGAGACAAUAUGUAGGUGCUGUUCCAAUAAAAUAAAUAUGAAAACUGUUUACCACAACACAUUUCUUUUAUAUUUAAUAGUAGUAUCUAUCUAAGUUUAUUUAUUUAUUUAAAGUUUGUUGCAUAAAAUACAAAAAAAAUACAAAUUGCAGAUUUAAUGCCUAAAAACAUUCUCUACCAGUCAACCAUAGGCAUAGGGUUAAACAGAAAUGUAAAAAUGGUGCAAGAAGAAAAGUAAGUUUUUUUUUUAUUAAUUUGGUUGCUAAAUGGUAAUUUUAAUUUAGCUAUAUUGAUGUGUUAAAAAUAAAAUGUAACUACAUAUGUUCAAAAAUACUUAUUAUGAGAGGUUUUGCAAUAGUGACGUACAUUCAUAUAAAGAAAAAAUAUUAUUAAAUAUUGAAAAUCAAAAAGUAGUAGUAAGAGGUAAAAGACUAAAAUAUUAUAUUUUAACGUUAGUGGUUAUCAGUGUACUUUAGUUCUGUCAAAGAUAUUUCGUCGGCUGAGAAUACGUUUGUGCCAUAUCCAUUUUUGAGCAAAUUCGUUUUCUAAUGAUUCAUAAGAUAACAAAAAAUAUGAUACAAUUGACAUUAAUCGGUUUAAAAAAAAAAAAACAUUUUUCAAAAGUUGUUGUGCCAUAUCCGCUUUUUACUUAAGGAUAAUUACACUGUUAACAGAAAAUUAUCACAAACGUGUGACAUAUCCAAAACUUGUUUCAUGUCAUAUAUUGUACGUUUAACAUUUACUCAUUAAAAACGGAUAUGGCAAUAAUAAAAAUGUUUUUAUUUCAUGACACUAUAUUCACAAUAUUUCUUAUAUCUCAAACUUUAAAAAAAAAAAUGUUUUUGCUUGUUUUCGCUCUCCUGUAAACCAAUGUAAGUGGCGUAUUGCACAAACGUAUUCUCGCCCGACGAUUUUUAAAGUUUUCAAAAAAAGGGGAAAGGCAACAUUUUCUUAGUUAUCGACACAUUUAUUUAGGCUGGGGUUAACAAAGUAAAUUUUCCAAGUUUAUAAAGUAUUUUGUAUUACCUCUGACGCUCUACAUACAUACAUGUAAUGUUACAUAAUGGAUAUGAUAAUUUCUAGGCUAGCGAGUCAAAUAUUCGAGAAUCAAUGUUUUGGAUACCCAAUGUUUACUUAGUUUGUUGUUAAUGACACUAUCGACGUUAUGGAUGAAAUAAAUUUAUCGGGUACCAAAAAAGUGG